AUGUCCAUGCUCGAUGAAACGCUAGGGGCUUCCUUCCUUGGGAUGCUGGCGGCCGCUAUACUUUACGGCGUAACGAGUGUACAGACGUUUCUGUACUUCAAUGACGUGGGUAAUCGGAGGGAUAGUUGCGUGUUGAAAGCGACGGUCGCUUUUCUCUGGAUCCUCGACACGAUACACAUGGCCUUCACCACUCAUGGGCUGUACUUUUAUCUCGUCACGAACUUCGGCAAGUUCGAAGUUCUCCUAUAUCCGACGUGGUCGAUGCUCGCUGGGGUAUAUGUUACUGCGUUGAGCGACCUCACGGUUCGGGCUUUCUUUGCGAAACGAGUCUAUAUCUGUGAGGCCGACUUUGAUUGGCGUCAACAUACCUCGUUAAACAUCCUUUCGACCUUGACAGUAUGCGGCGAGAAGAGGUUCCUCGCUCGAUUUCUUCCGAUCGUAAUUAUGGCGUUGUCGCUCGUCGUCUUCGCGUUCGCCUUCGGAUUUGCGUCUAAAGGAUACGUCCUCAAAACGUUCAAGGGGCUUGGCGAAGUCUCGGCAAUGCUUUAUAUUAGCUUCUCAGGCGCCGUCGCGGCUGAUGCGGUCAUCGCGGUCUCGUUGUGUACGCUCCUCGUUCGAAGUCGGACCGGGUUCAAGAGAACGGAUUCGAUCGUGACCUUCUUGAUGGCAUUUACAAUCAAUACAGGUUUACUUACGAGUAUUUGCGCUCUGGCUUGUCUAGUUACGUAUACACUUUGGCCUCAAAAAUUCAUCUUCAUGGGCCUCUACUUCGCCCUCGGAAAACUCUACAUCAACUCUCUACUCGCCUCCCUCAACACACGAGGUGCGCUUCGAAACCAAGGCCGUGGAGGUGUCAUCACAGUACCAACACAAGUGCUGACACCGAUCGAGUUUCCUAUCAAGGACACUGAGAUGGAGAUGUCGAGGUCGAAGGGAUCGCGCGGUGAUACCGAACAGAACGGGGAGAAAUAA